AUGUCCAUUCUAACCAUCCAUCUUUCUUCAGCAAAUAUUCAAAGCAAUCUGUUCGGAUGUGAGAAGAUAAUGGACACGAAUAAAAUGGUAGAUGGGAUACACAGUGACAUAAAAAGCGGUGACCUGUUCGUAGUUGAUGAUGUUGAUAAAGAGUUCUCAGAUAGGAGCCUGCUAUUUAAGAUACAUAGAAAGGAAUUUACGUAUUCGAGCGAUGGAGACUCUAAGAACAACGAAAGUGUCAUCAGUCUGCACUACAAGCUAUUAGACAGUGCUAAAACCAGAAGCAUCAUGGACAAUGAAGAAGAUCAGGGGCACGCGUGUGCAAAUGCCAGCAACUCGGAUAUAAAGUCACUGAGCAAUGAGAUGUACAGAAUGUACUGCCAAAAAGACCCUGAAGACCACUUUGACUUUCUGGACAGCGUUAUGGAGAGAGGGCCCAUAACUACGUCUUCUCAAAACACGAUUGCAACACCUGAGAUAAAAAUUAUCAUGAAAUACGUCCCAGAAGAGUACAUUGCAAAGACAAUAAAUCUGUGUGCUAAAAACCACCUGGAGAAUGCAAUGUUCUACAAGGUAAUGGCAAGCCUUGCAGACAACUACUGCUUCAAGCCGAUAGAAAAUGCAGACUGGCAGAACAAGCUUUCCAGAUGUGCGGUUAUUUUCGGUGCUAUUCUGUACGAUAUGCACAAAACAGAGCUAAUCGAUCGGCUCCAGUACCUAGUUGACAGCACAAAAGACGUGCUAAAAGUUCUGGAACACCAAGAAGACCGCAAGGAAAUAUACAAGGUGCUGGCUGCACAGAUAAAGAUAGAGCACUCUUUACUGAGCCCAAGACUAGCUCGCUUUAAAAAUAUGCACCUAGUAUUUCUUGAUCUAUUUUCUGCACAAGAGGAGAAGCUUACUAAGGGUACAGCAAAUAUUAAAAUAUCUUUUACAGUAGAGCCAAAGCAUGGUGCUGUGAAUGAAACGUCCAAUGAAGAGUGCGAGGACAUGGAGAAAGUGGAUAGCAUACUAGAUGUAUCCAAGAAUGACAUCUGCUAUAAAUCCAAUCCCUUUGCUCUCAAAAACAUACAGUUUGAAAGAGAGAUAGUCUCAGAGAGCGAAAUAGUUCUGUCGAUGGAGAAAAAUGAAGACAACUUGCUGGAGUAUAUCAAAGGCAUGCUAAGCGACAUACAAAAAACUAAGAAAAUUCUGCAGCACAUACUGGGAAAAGGAGCCACCAUACUCCACCACAGCAACUCAGAUCCCAAGCAGCUAAUGGCUGUGUAUGACCAGAGGCUCUUUGAGAUAAGAAAGUCCAUAGAUCACCGGUACAAAGACUCGCAUCGAAAUUUCAUGCAGUACAAUAAUUUUGCAAAAUCCCUGUGCAGCGACUAUAAGAUAUGUGAAGCCCCCCGUAAUCCUCUAACUGUGCCCAUCGAUGACACAAAGCCAGCAAUGAACACUUCAGAGCAGAUUAUUUCACCCACAGAUAGCACGGAAUAG